CUAAUUAAAAUGUUUAGGCCAACAUCGGUGAAAACAGCCAUCACUGCAUGGGAAUUAAAAAAUAAUAUACCUGCCGCGCAGGCUGUUGAAAUGGGCUUACAAUUUCAAUGGCCGCCCAUUGAAAGAAUGGACGCCAGUUUGGCUGAAUUAGUCAAAUGUCGCAAACUUAGUCUCUCGACCAAUAUGAUUGAUAGGAUUACGGGUAUCAAUAGCCUUACAAAUUUAAAAAUUCUGAAACUUUCCCGUAAUAAAAUCAGAAGUCUUAAUGGGAUUGAAUUCUUAGCAUAUACUUUGGAAGAGUUGUCGGUCAGCUAUAAUUACAUAGAACAACUGAAACCAAUUGACACAAUGAAAGCUCUGAAAGUAUUCCACGUUGCAAAUAAUCUCGUUAGUGAUUGGACAAACUUUGAUCUUAUGGCCGCGCCACCUUUGGAGUUCAUGUCAUUUCUUGGCAAUCCAUUAGAGGAAAGCCUGUCAGAUGAAAUAUAUAAAGCUGAAGUGAAGAAGCGUUUACCAAAUUUAAAGUAUUUAGAUGGUGAUCCGAUUGUAUGAUAAACGUUAAUCAAUCUGAUAUGAGCAGCUUAAUAUUUUAAACAGUAUAAAUCAUUUAUAUCAAGUCUUCAACUUUAAAAUGAAAAAGUCUCUAGAACUAAAGCAGAAAAUACAUAGGACUAACAUUGUGCUAAAAAAAAUAUUUGAGUGUAUUGUAGAAAUUUUGA